CAAAAGAAACCAAACCUCUACACAUAAAAUUCCAUUGUCACCCUGUAUUCCGUGUGAUUUGUGUGUCAAUCGUUUUGUUGUGCUGUUGUUUUGUGCAUAAUUUUCUGCUCUUGUCAUUGUGUGCGUGAGAGAGAAUUUCAAAAAGAAAAAAAAAACGAAUUCACAAAACCUUUUUUGACAAAACAACCAACGAACCAUGGCCGCUACACAAACCACAGCUGGUUUCCAAAUCAUGCAGGAUGCUGGAAAGGAGAAUCCUCGCAACAUGAUCAAAGAGAAGACCAUGAUGGCUGGCAAGUCGGCAUCCAAUAUCUUGCAGCCUUUGGGUGCCAGCUCUCUGGGUGUUGGUGGCGUCUCUAUGAAACAAGGACGCGCCAAUUUUGCCGUGCUCAAUUCAAAUGCCAACGUACGUACGGCGGCGGCAGCCGUUCACAACAAUAAUAACAACAACAUACAUGGUGUACAUACAGGAGUAGCCGGCUCUAAAGUGGCCUUCCGUGAUGUUGGCAAUGUUAAAAAUAGCACAAAGGACGACCAAACAUUGGGUGGUAAAAAAUCAACAGUGGUGCCGGUGGAACAAUUUAAAACCUUUUCCGUUUAUGAGGAUCACAAUGAAAACGUCGAACAACAGCAAUUGGUGGCCGCUAUAAAUAAACAAAAUGAUGCAGUAACUAGUCAGGAUGUUGUUGACAAAGAAAAUGUGUUUCAUGAAAAACAACAACGUUUACAGCAACAGCAGCAACAACAACAUCAUAAUAUUUUAAGUGAAAGAAGUGACCUUCAUCACAAAUUCGAUGACAAUCAUGAUGAAUAUAUUUUGGAUACAACCCCAAUGUCCGUAUCGGAUGUUCUAUCGCCCAUGUCUGUGGAUCGUAGUGCAUCGGCUGCGAAAUUUUUCGACAAUAGCAAUGUCAAAAGUGUUGCUAAAACUAGCGAAGACCUAGAGGAUGAUAAGUCAGCAGUGCCACGCAACGAUCGCCAGCGUUUCUUUGAAGUUGUGGAAUAUCAGCGCAAUAUUUUGGAGUACUUCCGUGAAAGUGAGAAAAAACACCGCCCCAAGCCACACUAUAUGCGCCGGCAAACGGACAUCAACUAUUCGAUGCGUACCAUUUUGGUUGAUUGGCUGGUUGAGGUGUCUGAGGAAUAUAAUUUGGAUACAGAAACUCUGUACCUGUCUGUAUCCUAUAUUGAUCGAUUCCUGAGUCACAUGUCGGUGGUGCGCAACAAAUUGCAGUUGGUGGGAACGGCAGCUAUGUACAUUGCCUCGAAAUAUGAAGAAAUCUAUCCCCCAGAUGUCUCGGAAUUUGUUUUCAUCACUGAUGACACCUAUAGCAAGGCCCAGGUUUUGCGCAUGGAACAAAUCAUUUUGAAAAUUUUAGCCUUUGAUUUGUGCACACCAACGGCCUAUGUGUUCAUUAAUACCUAUGCUGUGCUCACCGAUAUACCGGACAAAGUGAAAUUCCUUACUUUGUACAUUGCGGAAUUGUCUUUGCUGGAAGCUGAUCCCUACCUGCGUUUCCAUCCCUCAUUGAUAUCAGCUGCUGCUUUGGCCUUGGCCCGUUAUCUCUGUAAGUUGCCAAUAUGGUCAGCUGAAUUGGAGGAAAUCACCACAUAUCGUCUGGAGGAUUUGAGGGAAGUUUUCCUGUGUCUAUGCAAAACACAUGUUGCUGCUGCUGCAUUGCCCCAACAAGCCAUACAGGAGAAAUACAAGGCAGAGAAAUUCCGUUCCGUCUCCACAAUAGAAGCCGCCAACAUUGAUGACGAACAAUUUGUCGAAAUUGUUAACAAUUACAAUGAAAAACAAAAACAGGAACAACAAACAGCAGCAGCAGCAAAUGGCGGUGCCACAGCGUCAACGCCAGCUUCUUCAUCAAAAGUGAAUUUGUUUUUUAAGUUUUGAUUAAAUUGAAAAAAAAAAUGUAAAUUUAAGAUUUUUUUGUUUGUUUUAUGUAUUUUUUCGUUUUUUAUUAUAAGAAUUUUUUUUAAAAACAAAACCCCCCCUGAAAAGAAAAAACAUAAAAAGAACAAGAUUAUUAAGUAUAGAUAUGUUUUUAAGAGAAUAUGUAAUUAUAGCAAAAAGAAGGGACACACACAUGCACAUGCACAACAAACAAACCAACCAAUUAAUAUGAAACACUCCCCCCCUAUUCCCUUAAUUUAGACUCAAAAUUUUAACCACCAUCCACACCAGAUAUAUAAAUGACUGUCUUUUAAAUGUAAUUUAAAGAAUAUUUAUUAAUAUCAAACAACAACAAUUUUUUUAGAACAAAAAAUACAUAAAAAGAAAAAAUCUAAACAAACAAAUGGCAAAUAAAACCACAUGCCUCUUAAAUGCUAAAGUAGUAUCAUCUCAAAAACAAAACAAAUUCAUAAAUUUUCUAAAAGAACAUUUAUUUUUCAUUUUUCCCUAUCUAUAUUUUUUUACUUUAUAUUCUUUUUUCUAGACAAAAUUCAAAAGAAUGAUUUUCUUAAACUUGCAUUAGAAAAGUCUACAAGAAAACAAACAAAAAACCAAAACAUUUUCACACUUCACACCUUUUACACAUUAGCCCAGGGGCUGUAUUUAUUUGCCAUAAUUUUCCAAAAAAAAAAAAAUUUCUUUUAUUUUUUAAAUAACAACAACAAAAAAUAAUUAAUAUAUUUUGUUAAGCUAAGAAGACAUGCAAAACUAAAAAAGACAUCCCACUCUUAUUCAUCAUUUAACCAUUAAGUAUUUUAAAACAAAGCCAUAUUAAAUCACACAACGAUUAUAUAUUUUAAUCAUAAUUAUUAUAUAAUAACAAACAAACACACACACUGAUGAACCCACAAAUUUAUAAAUAUAUAUUUUUUGAUUUUUAUGUAAGAGAACAUUUACUGAAUGUCAUGGCUUUCAAAAUAUGAAAAGAAGUGUAGCAAAGACAAAACGGAUUUACAAUUAUUUAUAUUAUUUUUUAUACUGUCUUUAUAUUCUAUAUAUACUUUUUUGUUUCUCCCCCCAACAACAAAAACAACUCUCUUCUUUUUCUCUAUAUUUCCCUCCAAAAAAAAUAUAUAAGUUCUGUGAACACAAUUUUUUUAAGAAAACAAAAAUAUAAAAGAUCAAAAAAAAACCACAAAAACCAAA